AUGGAGUCGUCAAAGAAACAGGAAGCAAAAGGCGGGUUGCCGAGUUUUAAGGUCUGCUGUAAAGGGCACAAGGGCGAGUGUCGGUUCAAAGAUAAGCCGUGUCCUAUAUGCGGGAAGACAGGACAUACAGCUACAUUAUGCCCGAGAAAAGUUUUAGUUUGUUAUAAAUGCUACCAGCCGGGUCAUAAGAAAUCAGAAUGCCCAGAAUUAGUUGGACAGAAGGAUAGCAAGGGUUCGCAAGCAGAAACUCCAAAGGCAAAGGCUAGAUCCUUCCAGUUAACCGCGGCCGAGGCAAAGAUGGAACCCGAUGUGGUCUCAGAAGUAGAAAUAGGUGACAACAAAAGUUUUAUCGUGUGUGACAUGUGUCAAGAUUGUAAGAUGAGUGUCGAUGAUGAGGAAUACUCAAUAGGAGAAUUCCAAGUAGUGGUUGGGAUGGAGUGGUUAUCCCGACAUCACGCGAAGGUCGUGUGUUUCCGCAAGGAGAUAAAACUAACAUCUCCAAGUGGAAAACACGUUACCAUCUAUGGCGAGAAAGGGGGUAAUCCCGUAAUAUGCUCAAUGUUAAAGGCUCACAAACUUAUGAGGCGCGGAUGUAGAGCGUUCAUGAUUUACGUAAACAAACCCGAGAAGGGACUGCCAUAG